AUGUCAGACGUAGUUCCUCCAGAGGUGAGACCCAAACCAGCCGUCCCGGCCAAGCCCCCAAAUGUGGGUGCUCCUUCCCCCUCCAGCCCCUUCCCGCCCCAGGGCCCGGGCAUCGGGGGAGGAGGCGGCGUUUCAUCUCUGCCUCCAAGUGCCAUUCCAGUCCCCAUCGGGAGUCACGUUGGCACCCAUGCUGUGGGUCAUAACGUCGGCCAUGGUGCGGGCCACGUCGGGGGUCUCACUGCAGCACACAAUGGAGGUCACAGCGGUCAUGCAGGCUCCCACAAGGCCGGCGGCGGAUCCGCUUUGCUGGGGUACAUUGGUAUCGACACCAUCAUAGAGCAGAUGAGGAAGAAGACCAUGAAGACGGGUUUUGACUUCAAUAUCAUGGUUGUCGGUAACAGCGGCCUCGGAAAGUCAACUCUGGUGAACACCCUGUUCAAGUCCCAGGUGAGCAGGAGGAGCGCAGGUUGGGCCCGCGAUGAGAAGAUCCCCAAAACUAUCGAGAUCAAAGCCGUGUCUCAUGUCCUUGAAGAGGGUGGUGUGAAGAUGAAGCUGACAGUCGUCGACACCCCGGGCUUUGGAGACCAAAUCAAUAACGACAACUGCUGGGAGCCCAUUUCCAAGUACAUCAACGAGCAGUACGAGAAGUUCCUGAAGGAGGAGGUGAACAUCACCAGGAAGAAGCGCAUCCCCGACACCAGGGUGCACUGCUGUAUAUAUUUCAUCACCCCGACUGGACACUCUCUGCGGUCGCUCGACAUCGAGUUCAUGAAGCGCUUGAGUCACUCGGUCAACAUUAUUCCCGUCAUAGCGAAGUCAGACACGAUGACCAUUGAGGAGAGACUGGAGUUCAAACAGCGGGUAAGGAAGGAGCUGGAGAUGGGCGGGAUUGAGUUUUACCCACAGAAAGAGUUUGACGAGGACAUGGAGGACAAGAGCGACAAUGACAAGAUCAGGGAGGCGAUGCCCUUUGCUGUGGUGGGCAGCGACAAAGAAUAUCAAGUCAAUGGCAAACGAGUUCUGGGGAGGAAGACGGCGUGGGGCAUUGUAGAAGUUGAAAAUCCAAACCAUUGUGAGUUUGCCCUGAUGAGAGACUUCCUGAUCAGGUCUCACCUCCAGGAUUUGAAGGAGGUCACUCACAACAUUCACUAUGAAACCUACCGUGCCAAGAGACUGAACGCGAACGGCGGUCUUCACCCGAUAACCACCGGUGACACCCAGGAAAGCAACCUGUAG